UAAAAAAGGGACUCCCGUCUCUUUUUUUUUUCCCUUCCUCCGUUUCUGGAGGUAGAGAGGGAGAGAGGGAAGGCAUGGCGAACUACGGCGCCAUGCUGAGGCGGUCCGGCCUGGGCCGCGCCACCGAGGCGGUGGCGGAGCGGGCUCGCUCCACACGCAAGGCCCUCUCCCGCUUCGCCCGCCCCCAGGCCUUCGCCUGCCCGGCCGACGCCGAGGCCGCCGCCGUCCGCGCCGUCCGCAACGUCGCCUACUUCCGCCUCCACUACGCCCUCGUCCUCUGGAUCCUCCUCCUCGCCACCCUCGCCCCCACCCACCGCGCCUCCAUGCUCUUCCUCAUGGCCGCCUCCAAGGUCGCCCUCUUCUACGGCGUCCUCCUCCGCGCCUUCCCCAACUCCGCCCUCCUCCGCCGGAUCCUCGACCGCCGGCUCGUCCUCGCCCUCUUCCUCAUCGUCAUCGUCGUCGAGCUCGCCCUCACCGACGCCAUCAAGCACCUCCUCCUCGCCCUCGCCAUCGGCGUCCCCCUCGUCCUUCUCCACGCCGUGUUCAGGGUCAGGGACGAUCUCGUGGCCGGCGACGACGCCGCGGCCGCGGUCGACGCGGCGCCGCUCUCUGAGAAGAAGGAGAAGGAGGAGCCCGAUCUCGAAUCCGGAUCCAAUUGAUCGGCUCGGCGACACGGUUAAGUUUUACAUAUAAAAAUACGUUUUAUUUCUUUUUAAUAUAAAUUUUGGAUGGUUAUUAAUUUGGGCGGACCCUUCGGUAAUGACUGAAGGAGCUAUAGUACUUGAAAUGAGAUUUUAUUACCCUUACUUAGGAUGAAUUUUUGAACAAUGCUUAUAAACUGCUCCUAACUCAUAGAUUCAGAUCAA